GUCCCGAAAGACUGGACCUUCGUUGAGUAUGAAAUUAAUAUUGUAAGCGUCGAGACUCCAACAAGGCUAGGUCAGUAUAAGAAAAGAAGUUGGAGUCUUUCGGGGAUAGCCUACAUGUUCAUGGGAGAUAACAACGUAGGCAUGUAUUGACAGUUGUCUACAAUGGCUCAUGCUGAAAUCAUCAGAGAUCAUUCUCAGAGAAGAACAAGACUUGACAAAGCUGCAAAGGUUUUGUUGAAACAUGUAUGUAAGAGAUUAAUGUCUGACUGUAAUGAUCCUAUGACAAUUCAGAGUUUGUUGAAAGUGGUUAAGGUCAAAGAUGAACAGCAUCUGGUUUCCUUUCUGGAAGAGUAUCCAUCUCUCUUUGAAAUAACAUCUUAUUCCACUGAUCAGAAACUCCUGUGGACAGUGCAGCCAAAGACAGACGUCCAGUUAUGUGCAGAACACACAGAGAAUGCAGGCAGUUGCACUACAUAUUCAUGUGACAAGUUGCACAUAUGCAAGUUCUAUCUGUCAGGGAAAGAUGGUUGCAAACGUCCUGAUAUUGGGACGAAGAAGUGUCGCUUUCUUCAUGACCUGAAGUCAGCUCACAAUUUGCCAAUCUUACAGGAGAUGUUACUUGACGAGUUAUCCGCAGAGGAGAUACAGUUGGUCUUCAGGCUAACGAGACCCUCUCAGACACCUUCUACUAAAGAUGCCAUUCCCAUUACGUGUAAAUUUUACAACUCGUCCGGGUGUGAAAAGUCAAGCUGUCUGUAUUUGCACCUUUGCUGUCAUUUUAUUUUGGGAAAUUGCAAGUUUCAAACGAGCUGCAAAAGAAGUCAUGAUCUAUAUGCACCACAACCAAGAGCUAUUUUGAGGAAGUGUGGGCUUGAUCCACAUCAGACAAAGGCCUCUAAAAUUCUGCAAAUUCUCCAGAAAAAAUUGAUGGAAGCUGGCUUGGAGACAACCCAUAAGGCAUCAUCCGUACCAGUAAGGCAGUCAGUGGGUGGAGCAAGACCGAAACUUAAUAAGCUUGGAAUGCCCCUACAUUCUCCCAGGCCUGAGACUGUGAUGCAUUCGGCAAUGUCUCAAGUGGAAGGAUCAAACCAGCCUGAGAUUUGCUCGCAUUUCCUAAAGGGUAAAUGCCGAUUUGCAAGUUCUUGUUUUAACUGUCACCCAAGUUCUAAUCUUCCCCACCAGUGGCAAGUCACAUCGUCUCUGUCCUUUGAAGAUGUGUGGAAAGAUGUGGAACAGACUGUUGACAGUUCCUUGGAGGCAGCCUAUUGUGAUCCAAAUCAGUGGUCUUACAAGUUUUGCUUCGAGGGGGUGUUCUACGUUGUGGAGUUUGACACCUUGACACUGCAGGUGGGUCAAAGUAACAGUAAAAUCCGCCGACUGAGCACGCCAUCCAGUGAGGAGGAGGGUCAGGAAUUCAACGGAUUGGCCACAGAGUGGGCCUGGUUCUGGGAAGACAUGGAUAAAUCCUGGAAACAGUACGGCAGUCAGGGGUUUCACAGCAGUAAAGCUAAUGUAAGCAGUGCUGACCUGGAGAAGAAGUAUCUGAAUCAACCAAGGGAUGAGCUUCGUUUUGCCACAAACAGCUAUGAGUAUGUCAUGGAUUUUGCUAAAAUGGAACAAAGAAAUGCUGUUUUGGGAACAAAACGAAAGGUUCGACGCAGGCCAGUGCUUGUGACAGUCCAAACACUACCAGAAAAACUAAAGCGAGCUGCUGAGAAAAUGAAGGAGCAAACAAGUUUAUCAGACAUAGUACCAGCCUCCUGGAAAAGCCAGUCACCAUCCCUUGACACCUUUUGUAAAGUUGAGGUGGACAGAACUGGCUCCACUGCAGAAGAAUUUAUGGAAAUCGAAAACCUGGUUUUAAAAAGCAUGCAAGCAGAGGGAGACAGUCUGACGCGUGUCAAGGCCAUUUUUAGGAUUCAGAACCUGGAACUUUUGGAACGUUUUGAGAGUAAGAAGAGAUGGAUGAUGAGAAAGUCCUCUUCCCCAGGAAGCAGCUUGGAGCGGCGACUUUACCACGGCACUAGACAGUGUUAUAUGGAUGCCAUCUGUCAACAGGGGUUUGAUUUUCGUGUUAGCGGUCUGUCCACUGGUACCAAAUUUGGCAAAGGCAGCUAUUUUUCUGUCAGUGCAAAGUACUCUUCCCGCUAUUCAGACACAGAUGAGGUUUUUGUCGCCCGCGUUCUGACUGGUGAUUUUACCAGAGGUGACGCGUCUUACACCCGCCCUCCUCUCAAACCCCAAACAUCACAGUUGUUUGACUCUUGCGUCGACCGGAUAAACAGUCCGACAAUGUUUAUUGUCUUUGAUCUUGCUCAAGCCUAUCCUGAGUACAUUGUUCAGCUGAAGCAAGAUAGCUGCCUCAUAUGACCGGGGCCUGCCCCCUGGUGGGAGUUCUCCUGCCACUUUCACAAAACUAUUCAAGUUUUAUUUCUCAUAUUUUUUUCUGAAAAGAUGUUGUCCAGGUUAUAGCGCAUAUCAGAUGACGUCAUUUAAAAGAAAACAUACGAGAAAUUGAUUUACAAAGUUUUGUGAAUAUUUGGCUCGGUGUUAAAGCCUGGAUUUCCUGUGUAUGUUUGGAUUGUUUAUACCUGUAGGUGAACCUGAGUGAUGCUACGGAUUGAGGUGGUUUUCUUAUAUACAUGUACAUGUAGUUGGGUUGUCUUGAGCAUUGCAUUUUACGAAAAUGUCAUCUACUGUUGUCUACCAUUAAUGGAGAAGAGUUCAGGUAACUUUCAAAAAUGAUGAUGGAGGUGCCAUAAAAACACUGAGGAUUUGUUCAUAGAGUGUCAACCUGGAACUUUAGAAGCUGUAAAUGUCAGGACUAUAACAGGCUGCUAAAAUAUACCCUGGUCAGGAAAGAAAACUGCAUCAUGGCUUUAUUAUAUAUGGUGUCUAAAUGUUAUUGGUUAAACCUUUAUGAAAUAUUUUUCCAUUUUAUAAUUUCCUAAUUUGUUUUACUCAAAGAGUAUACUGUAUAUACAUUUCUUUCUCAGUUUGUACUGAGAGUUUGGUAAUAAAUGAAGCAAGAAUACAUGGUUGCAUGAUUGUGGAGACUUAAGUAAACAAACAUUGAGUGCUGGCCUAUUAUUACUGGCAAAGUGAUCUAAUGAAUGAUACCUGUAAUUAAUCCCUAAAGUCACUGAUCUAGUUGCAGACUAUAGAAGUACACAGUCCCUCAACUUAUAACCUGGCCGGGAGUAAUGGUCUGGUAGUGGUGAAGUGAACCAUAUUAAGAAAAAAUGAUAGAAAAACCAAAACUAAGCGAACAUAAUUGUAAAGUCUGUUAAUACUGUAUUUAGCUCAAUUUUAACAGAAUGUCUUAAGAUGUAUGGUCAGACAUGUAGGGUUUUAGAAAGGCAAUAUGGCUCAGAUGUAGUCUACAUAUUGAUGAACUUAACAUGUUAUAAGAAACCCUGGUUACAGUGUUCUGUUGUAUCCUUUAAGCUGUAUUGUCUGUGUUGGAGUUCUAUUACUGACAACAUGUAUAUGAAUUUAUAUUUUAAAAGUUAAUAACAUGCCAAAAAGAAUUUUCCAGAGUUUUUAAUGUUUUUUUUUUCAUUAAGACAGCUAGCUCAAAAAUACAGAAGUGGCGUAAAAGGGUGGCAGUGUUUGAAGGCAUGAUGGGCCUGGCCUCCCUAAUAAGUACAAGAUGUGCAUGAGUGUCUUUGAUUGAUCUGAUGUGAGGAAAAAG